AUGGUAGUGAUGUUUAUAGUGGCGCUUAUUUUAUUAUUGCUAUUAGUUGCACUCGUGUGGAAAUUUUUGGAUUUGAAAAACUUUUGCGAAUUGAAGAAGGUCAUCAACGAUACUGUUGCACAUCCCAAUCAGAAACAACAUUUCAUCUCGAAUCUUUUCCAGGUUGAUGAAGCAUCGCAAAGACAUGGUGGUGAGCUGCUUGCGGCCGUUCUCAAGGGUCAUGGUGUACAAGAGAUAUUCACAUUGUGCGGUGGGCAUAUAUCACCGAUUUUGAUUGCAUCCCAAAAGUUGGGCAUUAAAGUGAUUGAUACUCGACAUGAGGUGAAUGCUGUGUUCGCGGCUGAUGCUUGUGCUCGAUUGCGGCAGUCGUUUGGUGUUGUGGCCGUCACGGCCGGACCUGGACUAACAAACACUAUAACCGCUAUCAAAAACGCGCAGAUGGCCGAAUCGGCUGUGUUGUUGUUAGGAGGUGCUGCACCGACGUUGCUAAAGAAUCGUGGAGCACUCCAGGAUAUCGAUCAAAUGGUCCUAUUCAAACCGAUCUGCAAACAUGCAGUUCGUAUCACGCGUGUAUGCGACAUAAUUCCGACGAUACGCAAAGCUAUCUCGAUCGCGCAAAGUGACGUUCCCGGUCCAGUUUUUGUUGAACUACCCAUUGAUAUUCUAUAUCCUUAUCAGUUCGUUGCGAAAGAAGCGAGUAUCGCCAACUCGACAAAGCAGUACAAA